AUGGAUCGUGAUGACAUCCUGCUCGUUGGAUUCGGUGCUGUAGGGGUCAUAUAUGCAUUAAUACUUAGCAAGACACCAAACGUACGGGUAACGGCUAUUGCCCGAGGAAAUUUCGACAAGGUAUCCACAAAGGGAAUUGAUAUCAAAAGUAAAAAGCACGGUAAUAUUCUAGGGUGGAAGCCCGAUCGAGUCGUUAGCAGUGUGGCCGAGGCCGCGGACAGAGCGUACAAAUAUGUUUUGAUUGCUACCAAAGCACUCCCGGACGUUAACCCUACUCCUCGGAUUCUGGCUCCACUCUUAACUGAAGAAUAUUAUCAAAAAUACCCUUCUCCGACCUUUGUAAUACUGCAGAAUGGAUUGGGGGUAGAAAAGGAGUUGUAUGUUGUGGUAGAGUCCUCUUGGAAAGUCAAGCCACAGGUGCUCAGCGCCGCAGUUUAUAUUCAGGCGAACCUGAUUGGAGGCCGGGACAUAGUCGAACAGGGUCCGUUUGAUAAGCUUGUAUGCGGGGUAUACCGGCCGGGAUCACUGGUGGACGAUGACCCGAAGAAUACGCCUGAAGAAGUCGAAAAAUUGGAGGCAUUCGCCCAACUUAUCAGGGCUGGAAAUGGAGAGAUCGAAAUAGUGCCAGACAUACAACGCAAAAAAUUUGCCAAGAACCUAUGGAAUUUGUCCUUUGCAGCAUUCGCCACAUUAAUAAGGCAGCCUUGUCCUGCUUUUUUCUGGGAAGAGACUGCAGAAAAGAUACGCCCAACCUUAAUAAAAAUAUUAACAGAGGCCGUAUCGGUCGCCCGAGCCCUCGGAUAUUCAGAAAAGGCGGUUCCGUCUUCAUUGAUAGAAGGCACGAUCGAGGAUACAGCCGCUUUGCACCGCCCAGGGGAGACGAGCACACACAAACCCAGUAUGCUCGUUGAUAUGGAGACACGUCGUCCGUUGGAGAUAGAAGCAAUCAUCGGUGAAGUUGUCCGGGUUGGGAAAGAACGCAACGUGGACGUACGGGUGAGUUGA